UGUCAAUGAGGUCAGAGUAAACUGUGUCACACCAUAUAUCGGCCGAUGCGGUUUGCCGAUCUUAGAUUAACACGCUGUACUGUGUUAAAGCUAAAAGUAGAUUCUCAUAUAUAAGAUGAAAACAUACAGUUAGUAAUAAGAGAAAGACAAGAUACCAGCAGCAUGAGUUCUAAGAAGAAAGAAGACAAGAACCCAAAGGGUGUGAUUGCAGAAGAGCCGGAGCAUGAGCGACCCAAGGGAGUGCAGUUCAGUAUCUCUGUUGAUGAAGGAGAUAGUCAGGAUUCUGAGUUGGGCAAACUGAAAGGGAAUACUUCAUCUUCAUCGCUAGCUUCAACUACUUCAAGCUCAAGUGGCGACGGUGAUAUUCAGCUGAGACAAAAUAACACCAUACCAUUGAGGAGUAUGUCUGGCACCCAUAUGACCGCCAUGAAUGACAGGAGGAGAGCUUCUGUGAAGGAUUUCCUGGUUGCCACCCCCGAGGAGUUUGUGAAGAGAUUUGGUGGAAAUAAAGUUAUUAACAAGGUGCUGAUUGCCAAUAACGGGAUAGCAGCUGUAAAAUGUAUGAGGUCAGUAAGAAGAUGGGCAUAUGAGAUGUUUAAAAAUGAAAGAGCCAUAAGAUUUGUUGUCAUGGUAACUCCAGAGGAUCUGAAAAACAAUGCAGAGUAUAUCAAGAUGGCGGACCACUACGUGCCUGUACCAGGAGGCACCAACAACAACAACUACGCCAAUGUGGAGCUAAUCCAAGACAUCGCUAAAAGAACACAGUCACAGGCUGUGUGGGCUGGCUGGGGCCAUGCUUCAGAAAAUCCCAAGCUGCCUGAACUCCUCCAUAAACAUGGCAUUACUUUCAUUGGUCCCACAGAGAGUGCCAUGUGGGCACUGGGAGACAAGAUAGCCUCUAGUAUUGUGGCCCAGAGCGCUGGUGUCCCCACCCUCCCAUGGAGUGGCUCGGGGCUGACCGUGUCCUGGAGUGAUGAAGGUCUGUCCAGUGGGCAGUUAGUGACCGUCCCUGAAGACAUCUACAAGAAGGGGUGCGUGUUCACGGAGGAGGAGGCGCUGUUCUCUGCCAAGAAAAUCGGGUUCCCGGUGAUGAUCAAGGCGUCUGAGGGAGGUGGUGGGAAGGGGAUCAGGAAAGUGGUCAGUCCAGAUAAUUUUGCCACAUUGUUUAGACAGGUUCAGUCAGAGGUCCCAGGCUCCCCGAUAUUCGUCAUGAAACUGGCCACACAUGCACGCCAUCUGGAGGUACAAAUCUUAGCUGACCAGUACGGUAAUGCCAUCUCCCUGUUUGGCAGAGAUUGCUCCAUCCAGAGGAGACACCAGAAGAUCAUUGAGGAGGCUCCAGCCACAAUAGCGCCACCUGAAGUCUUUGAGCGCAUGGAAAAGUGUGCUGUCACCUUAGCCAAGAUGGUGGGCUAUGUCAGUGCCGGCACUGUGGAAUAUCUGUACAAUGAUGAGGACCAGACGUUCAGUUUUCUGGAGUUAAACCCUCGUCUCCAGGUGGAACAUCCAUGCACAGAAAUGGUGGCAGAUGUCAACCUUCCUGCUGCACAACUGCAGGUGGCCAUGGGUAUCCCCCUGCAUGUCAUCAAGAACAUCCGUCUGCUGUACGGUGAGGAUCCUUGGGCCACCACCCCCAUAGACUUUGACAACCCCCCUUGCAAGCCUCAGCCCAGAGGUCAUGUGAUAGCUGCCAGGAUCACCAGCGAGAACCCUGAUGAAGAAUUCAAGCCAAGCUCUGGCACUGUUCAAGAACUGAACUUCCGUAGCAACAAGAAUGUGUGGGGUUACUUCAGUGUGGCUGCCUCAGGAGGGCUGCAUGAGUACGCAGACUCACAGUUUGGUCACUGUUUCUCUUGGGGAGAGGACAGGGAAGAUGCCAGAGAGAACAUGGUGGUGGCCCUGAAGGAGCUGUCUAUUCGAGGUGACUUCAGGACUACGGUAGAGUACCUGACCAAACUCCUGGAGACGGAGAACUUCCAACAGAACUGUAUAGACACAGGGUGGCUGGACAAACUGAUUGCUGAGAAGGUGCAUACAGAGACUCCAGACACCAUGCUGGCAGUGGUAUGUGGCGCCCUCCAUGUGGCAGACCACACCAUACAGACCAACUUCCAACAUUUCCAGAGUGCUUUACAAAGAGGUCAGAUACAGGCCUCCUGCAGCUUGACCAGUUCAGUGGAUGUAGAGCUGAUACAUGGAGGGAUCAAAUAUGUUCUGCAGGUAACCAAGACAGGACCAAGUAGCUACUUUGUAGCAAUGAAUGAUUCUUAUGUUGAUGUUGAGUCACACAGGUUGAGUGAUGGAGGCCUGUUACUGUCAAUAGAUGGCGCCAGUCACACAACAUACAUGAGGGAAGAGGUCGGCAGCUACAGGAUCAUUAUUGGCAACAGAACCUGCGUCUUUGAAAAGGAAAAUGAUCCUUCUGUACUCAGGUCUCCGUCUGCAGGCAAACUGGUCGCAUACUUGGUGGAGGACGGCGGCCAUACUUUUGCUGGCGAUGUUUACGCUGAGAUUGAGGUGAUGAAGAUGGUGAUGGAGCUAAGGGUGACGGAGAGUGGAUGUGUUCACUAUGUAAAGAGACCAGGAGCUGUACUUGAUGCUGGAAGUAUAGUGUGUAAACUACAGCUAGAUGAUCCCAGCAGGGUACAACAGGCUCAGUUAUUCCACGGCAAGCUGCCAGCUGUCACACACAACACUGUGACAUCCAUGCAUGGUGACAAACUCCACCAAGUGUUCCAGAGUGCCAGAGCCUCGCUGGAGAAUAUCCUGGCAGGAUACGCCAUACCUGAUGACAAGGUGUUCAAGAAACGACUGGGAGAUGUGCUUAAUACUCUACUUACCUGUAUCAGGGAUCCCAGUAUGCCACUGUUAGAACUACAGGAGUUGAUCUCCAUGAUAUCUGGGCGACUGCCGCCACAGGUAGAGAGGACCAUUCGUAAACACAUGCAAGUCUACGCCAGCAACAUCACCUCUAUUCUCUGCCAGUUUCCAAGUCAACAAAUCGCCACUGUGAUAGACAGUUAUGCUGCCACAUUAACCAAGAGAUCAGACAGAGACGUCUUCUUUAUGACCACUCAGGGCAUAGUACAACUAGUUCAGAGGUACCGCAGCGGGGUGAGAGGUCACAUGAGAAUGGUGGUGCAGGACUUAUUAAAACAGUACCUGAAGGUGGAGUCACAGUUUCAACAUGGUCACUAUGACAAGUGUGUGGCUCAGCUGAGGGAGAAACACAAAGAUGACAUGGCAACUGUCAUGGCCACUAUUUUUUCACAUUCCCAAGUACAGAAGAAGAACCUUCUAGUCAUCAUGCUCAUU